UGGCUUUUUAGUUGUUCAGUUCAAGUCAAAAGAAUAAGAUUUGUGUCCAAGUUCAGAUAAAUAGAGCUAUGCAACUUUUUUUAAUUGUCUGCCUAAUUUGUUUCGUUUAUACUUGUCGCGCAGCUCUAAAGAACUCAAUUUGCGAUGAUGAGGUGUAUAGCGUCGGGGCUUGUAAUGCCCUACACUGGCGAAUCGGUUAUACCGUGCGGAAUAACAAAUGUGCUAGAAGGUCUUAUGGUGGAUGUGAAACUGGUGGCACAACUUACAACACAAUAAAGGAGUGUGAAGAUAUGUGCAAGGAGUAAUAUUAUAGGUCAUUAAAAAGUUUCCUUGAGAAUUGUAA